UUCUUCUUGUUCGUAACGGAGAACCGCAAUUUCAGCAUUAAUCCGACGAGAUUAAAUCGGAUCAAUUUAUUGCAUAUUUAAAGGAUUCCUCUUCUGUCACCUAAAUUUGCGAUACUAUUAUAUCUGCUGAAGUGAGUUUUGAGUUUGUUUAUCGAGUAUACGUGUAUAAUCGAUUGAGACGAUUUGCGUAGAAAGUAGCACGACCUGCUGACAUGUCCGGAACAAAAUGAUCCGGCUUUCGACUUAAUCCGGUGCCAAUUUUUCUAUUUUUAUUCCAGCCGUGCCACAUUUUUCGGCGCGGAAACGUCCAAAUUUACCAAUUCCCAAUGGGGUGGGUAUCGACGAAGACGCAUUGCCAGUGCAACGGCAACCACGGUGCACCGCCGAGAGUGCAGGAAUGCGUCCCGUCAAAGGAACUCCUGUCGGCAUGCGCUCCCAUCAUAACGACCGCAGUGAAGUCCACUUGUGGAGUAAGACGGAUGUUCGUCUCUGCCUUCAUCCUCAUCUUUUUGUUGGCCGUUAUAUAUUGGUUAUCCACUCCGCACCAGCGAGCGUAUCCCUUACGCCAACCAAUGAGACUUCAAGCGCAAUCUUCUAGAAGUACCGGAGUGCCGGAGUGAACGAAAGUCACGGUAACAUCGCUCGACAAUUUUAUAACUUCUUUACGAAACAAUAAGCGAGGUGAUUCAGAGAAGGCAGAGAAUUGAGCAAAGGUUGCGCUACUCGACCAUGGUUGCGCGUUUCCCCUCAAGAUUAUAAUUCUUUUCCAGUCCGAGUGAUUGUAUCCGCGAUAUCGAGGAAAUGCAUGCGUCCUGAUUAAACAUUACGGGCAAUGUUUUAAAUUCAAUUUGUUAUCGCGCGAGAUUCGAUCACGCACUUUACGAGAUGACGUGUAUCGCUCGUGAGUUUACAAUUACAAUUGUAAUCUAAAAUAAUGCUCCAAUAAACGUGUGUCUCUCUCUCUCUCUCUCUCUCUCUCUC